CUCUUGGAACGUUGACAUUGGCAAAAUAUCUGUCGACGUGGGAAUGGUUCCACGCGCAAACAAAUGUCUACGGGUACAGCAGCAGGAAUGCACAUAGUGAUAUGCAUGUUGCUGACAGGAUAUACCUUUAGAUUUCAGCAUGUGGCUUAAACCUGAAGAAGUGCUUCUGAAAAAUGCGCUGAAGUUAUGGGCAACCGUGAAAUCCAAUGAUUAUUUCAUACUGCAGAGACGUCGGGGAUACGGUGAAGGCAGCGGUGGUUUGGCAGGGCUCCUCGUGGGAACUCUGGAUGCCGUACUCGACUCGACUGCCAAGGUUGCACCAUUCCGCAUCCUUCACCAGACCCCGGACUCACAGGUCUACUGGACCAUAGCAUGUGGUGCGUCUGAGGAGGAGCUCUCUCAGCACUGGGAAUGGCUGCAGCAGAACAUCAUGAGAACCCUCUCCGUGUUCGACUCCAGUGAUGAUAUCACCAGCUUCGUCCAGGGCAAGAUCAGAGGUCUGAUUGCCGAGGAGGGGAAGGUGAGUCUGGUGCAGGAGGACGAACCAGAGAAGUUCCGCGAGGCGCUGCUCCGGUUUGAGUCCUGGUUCUCCCUGCCCGGCAAAGAGAAACUGGUCACCUACUUCUCCUGCAGCUGCUGGAGAGGCCGGGUGCCCUGCCAGGGCUGGCUCUACCUCAGCACCAACUUCCUCUGCUUCUACUCCUACCUGCUGGGCAAUGAAGUGAAGCUGGUGAUCUCCUGGGUGGAGAUCAGCCGGCUAGAGAAGACGACCAGCGUGCUGCUGACGGAGAGCAUCCGCGUGUGCGCGGGGGGAGAGGACCACUGCUUCUCCAUGUUCCUCCACCUGCAGCAGACCUUCCUCCUGAUGGAGCAGCUCGCAGACUAUGCGGUCAGACGGCUCAUCGAUAAGGAGACGUUCCCGAGCGACCAUAUCCUUACAGACCCACUACAAAUUACCAAAAGGGGACUGGAGACGCACGCCAGGAACGAGGCGUUUCGGUCUUUCUUCCGCCUCCCGUGCGAAGAGAAUCUCCUCGAGGUGUACGAGAGCUUCCUGUGGGUCCCCUUCAGUCAUUUCAACACACUGGGCAAGAUAUGUGUGUCUGAGAGCUACCUCUGCUUUGCCAGCCAGGACGGCAGCCAGUGCCACCUUAUCAUUCCAAUGAGAGAGAUUCUGAGUGUGGAGAAGCCUGACCGCAGCAGCAGGGCCCUCAUUGUGUGUAUGAGAGGGAAGCGAGCGCUGCGUUUCUCCGAGGUCCGUGACUUUGAGCGGCUGGCCGGCACAAUCCGCAGGAAGUGUGGGAACACGGCUAGUCCCCAGCACUCCGCCUCCAGCCAGAUGCUGCUGGAGUGUCAUGAGGAUGAAGAAGGACUGAUGGUCGGCCAGAGGGACAACAGUAAGACAGUCAGCACAGAGGCCCUAAUGAAUGUCUUUCAUCCCCAGGACGCUGAAAACCUCGACCCCAAAAUGCUGAAAGAGAAGAUGAAGGAGCAGUCUUGGCAGAUCCACUUCGCGGAGUACGGACGCGGAACCAGUAUGUUUUGCACGAGGAAAACCAGAGACCUUAUCGUGCGGGGAGUGCCAGAGUCACUGAGAGGGGAACUGUGGCUGCUGUUCUCAGGUGCAGUAAAUGACAUGGCGACACACCCAGGCCACUACUCUGAGCUGGUGGAGGUGUCUCUGGGCACCAUUUCUCUGGCCACUGAUGAGAUUGAGCGUGACCUGCACCGCUCUCUGCCUGACCACCCGGCAUUCCAGAGCGACACGGGAAUAUCAGCCCUGCGUAGGGUUCUCACUGCAUAUGCCUACCGAAACCCCAAGAUAGGCUACUGUCAGGCUAUGAAUAUCCUAGCAUCUGUGUUACUGUUGUAUGCCAAGGAGGAAGAAGCCUUCUGGUUGUUGGUUGCAGUAUGUGAACGGAUGCUUCCAGACUAUUUCAACCGCAGGAUUAUCGGUGCACUGGUAGACCAGGCCGUCUUUGAGGACCUGAUCCGGGAACACCUGACCCAGCUGACGGAGCACAUGACCGACCUGACUUUCCUGUCGUCGGUAUCGUUGUCAUGGUUUCUGACGCUCUUCAUCAGUGUGCUUCCCAUCGAGAGCGCGGUCAACGUGGUCGACUGCUUCUUCUUCGACGGCAUCAAAGCCAUUCUGCAGCUGGGCCUGGCCACUCUAGACUACAACAUGGACGCUCUGCUCUGCUGUAAUGACGACACAGAGGCCGUCACCAUCCUCAACAGGUUUUUCGACAGCGUGACUAAUAAAGACAGUCCCCUGCCUGCCACUGUCCAACAGGCACCAGUGGGCCACAAUGAUAAAGCAGCUCAGAGAGUAGACAUCAGCGACCUCAUCAGGGAAGCAUACGAGAAAUAUGGAGAUAUCAAAUCUGAGGAAGUAGAAAGCAUGAGGAGGAGGAACAAACUGUACGUGAUCCAAACUCUGGAGGACACGACCAAACAGAAUGUGGUCAGGGUGGUGGCCCAGGAGGUCAAGUUCACAGCCUCUCACAUGGAUGAGCUGUAUGUGCUGUUCAAGAGGCAGCACUUCCUGAGCUGCUACUGGACCGUGAGCAGCCCUGCUCUGCAGCACCACGACCCCAGCCUGCCUUAUCUGGAGCAGUACCAGCUGGGCCGGGCCCAGUUCACCAGCCUCUUCCUGCUGCUGCAGCCCUGGAGCCCCGGCGCCUACACGCACACGCUCGCCCACUGGACCUUCCGCCUGAUCGACGACAACCACGACGGCAUGGUCAACUUCAGAGAGUUCUGCCGAGCCCUGGAUAUCCUCUACAGCGGUUCAUUCACAGAUAAGCUGAAAUUCCUCUUCAAACUGCACCUGCCGCCAGCCUCCACAGGCAGCGCUGUCUCUAGAACCUGCCAGUCCUCUCAGUGCCAGGAGCUCCCUAACUUCACCUGCCUGACUGUGUGCUCUCCAGAUGGUUCUGACGAUGGGGUGAUAAGGAAAAGCCCAGAGAAGGGCCGUGGAAAGGUGGACCUGCAGGCCUAUUUGAAGCAGUGGCAAGACGAGAUCCAGAAGAAAGAGGAGAGUAUCAAAGACUUGCCUCGAAUUGAUCAGACCCAGUUCAUCCUGCUGUCCAAGACCCUGUACGGCCUGUUCCACGGCGACCCGGAGGAGGAGGCGCUGUUCCGCGCCGUGGCCAGAGUCACCAGCCUCCUGCUCCGCAUGGAGGAGGUGGGACGCAGACUGCAGGAGGACUCCGCUCCCUCCCGGGCCUCCUCAAGCCCACAGUCCCCCAGCCCCAGCAAGACCUCCGCUAGUCCGCCUGAAAGCACCAGCCCCGUGGAGGCCGCUGCCCAGCAGCUUGAGGCCGUCCACGUGGACCAGGACCCUUCCAGUCCCGGCCAGGCCGCCUCCGACGGGGCCCCCUCGUCCCCCGAGGGCACCUCGGACGGGGCCUCCUCCAGCACCUUGGAAACAGAGCCUGCCAACACGCCCUCUGAGCACACGGCACCCCCCAGCCCUCAGGGCCUGGACUGGUCCUUCUCCUUCGAGCAGGUUCUGGCCUCUCUCCUCAACGAGCCGGUUCUGGUGAGGUUCUUCGAGAAACCUGUAGACAUCCGGAACCUCCUGGUCCGGGCCAAGAGAGACCAACUGAAAGCACAGAUCAACAAGUGAUGACCGUACAGACUAAGCCUCAAACUGCCCACCUAAAGCCAUACACAUGACACUUCAGUCUCAGACACUUCAUCCUGUUUCCCCCUGUCCCCUUCAGCCUUGGAAUGUCCGCUGAUCCCGGCUUCAUUCUCCUGUAGGGAGGCAUUGACAUGGUUUCAAAAUAGUUUCCCGUUGCGUCGUGUCUUGUUGAGUACUCGUAGAAUGACACCAGCCAGACUCAUAACUCUGCCUCUAUAUCAAAUAGCCUUAAUGCUCACUGCUAAGCACAUAGACACACCCGCACACACACACACACACACACACACACACACACACACACACACACACACACACACACACACAUUCACACACAUAGGCACAAACAUUCAUACAUUGUCAUGCUUACAUACUCAGCCUCAACAUCAGCGUUGAAUUGACCUAGACCUACCUUUAGCCCGAGGAAAGAGGGCUCAUUGUAAAUGUGUUGUAUUUGGGUGGUGGUCAGGCAGAGACUUAGGAGCUAUAGUAAGUUCCUAGUCACAGGAUUCCUCUGCUUCAGUCACUCUUUUGUCACUAUGGACAUUUCUUCAGGAUAUAAUCUUAAUCUUAGCAUCACCUAUCAGGUAUGUAUUAUUUUAUAGGAUAAGGGAAUAUCAAGCGCUGUGUGUUAUCUGAAGAAAGUAUAGAUGUAAAUACGUGUUACGGUGCUGCGUUUUUGUGUGUGUGUGUGUGUGUGUGUGUGUGUGUGUGUGUGUGUGUGUGUGUGUGUGUGUGUGUGUGUUUGUUUAUUUUUGCAGCUGUUUUGUUUACGUUGGCUCUGUGGCAUGGGAUGGUGCAUGAGCAUGCGAAAGGGAGGGCUCUGAUUGGCUCGCUCUCGUUGGACCAAUCCUCUGAGCUGCCAUCAGAGGUGGUGUAAACGUAUUGGAACUCCAUUGUAAUGAAACUGAAUGAAAUCAAUUCUUUCUUUUUUUUUUAUACCAGGUAGUGCAUUUCAGAUAUUUAUUGUUGUUGAAAUAUUAUAUUGUGUAUUGACAUGCAUUUUGGUGUGUGUCCUAAUUCUGUUAUGUUUUAAUUUUUCAGGCCAUAGCUUUAUUGCUGAUGAAAGUAAUUUAGUUGCUAAGUAUGACAAUGUUCUUGGGCUGCAGUACAGUCCACAUUAUUGGUUUAAAGGAAGUCUUGAUUCUGAAUCAUUAUUGGUUUAAAGGGAGUCUUGAUUCUGAAUCAUUAUUGGUUUAAAGGGAGUCUUGAUUCUGAAUCAUUAUUGGUUUAAAGGGAGUCUUGAUUCUGAAUCAUUAUUGGUUUAAAGGGAGUCUUGAUUCUGAAUCAUUAUUGGUUUAAAGGGAGUCUUGAUUCUGAAUCAUUAUUGGUUUAAAGGGAGUCUUGAUUCUGAAUCAUUAUUGGUUUGAAGGGAGUCUUGAUUCUGAAUCAUUAUCAAAAAUAUAUUUCACAGUGCUUCCAUGGGAGCUUCGCUCUGAAAGGACCAACUGCAAAUGUGCUAGAUGCAUUAAGCCAUAGAUGGGGUCCAAAUACAAGGACUUUCUAUCAAUAUUAGAAUUAUUAUUGGAGAUCUCUAGGAUAUCAAGAUGAAUCCAAAGUGGAUAAAUGUGUAGAUGUCAUUUAUUUAUUUAAAAAUAUAUAGCAAAGCCAGCCACUGAGUUUGAAUCAAAGAAUGCUGUAAUGCACAUUUUAUUUAGUUUGUUUUUGUCUGUUAGAAAUAGACCACAGUUUUUUUUUCCAUUUGAAAGGAGAUUUGAAUUGACAAAUGCAUUAGUGCAUUACUCCGACUGUAUGGGGAGACCACUUUGACAUUUUUAGUUUUAUGUCCUUCCCAAGUGGACUUAAGGGGAUUUUUAUCAGAUGUCCCUUUAGUUAAAGUCACAAGAACAAAGCAUUGUGGUACAAAUCUGAUGAACCUGUCAGUUGAAAAUGAAGCAUUUCAUUUGUGAAGGACUGCAAGAAGUCUGUGGUCUUCAAGAUGGCUGUAUGGACAUCCCCCACCCCAUUGGCUUUUGACUUAAUUCAGACAUCAAGGAAUAUGUAUAUGUGCUGACACUACAGACACAUAAUCUGAAGCAUUCUCAUGGUUUUUACAAAACUGCUGUCAACAUGUGAAAGAGGUGCCAUUUCGCAAUGACUUUCUUCAGUCAACGUAUCUGCAAUGAUUGCAAAAUAUCUCUGCAGACUUUGUUAAGUAUCUUAAAGGUGUUGAAAUGUAUCUGUUUGUGCCUAUCACAAAAGCCACUUUAUGUACACGUCCUUGGUCUCUUAUAAGGAAAUAAAUAAUUACAGCCCUAAAA